AUGAAUGGAAAAUUUUCAAAUGUUAUAAAAAGGAAUAAUAAUGACGAAAAUAAUAAAAAAGUAAAUAAAGUUUAUAUUUACAAUAAAAAAAAUAAGAAAUUUAUUGAAAAUAAUACGAUUAGCUCAAGCAAUACAAAUAAUACAAAUAACACAAAUAAUACAAGCAACACAAGCAAUAAUUCGAGUAAGAAAAAUAUAUUAUUUUUAAACACACAAAAUGAAAUAGAGAGAAAAUCACAAAAAAAUUUUUUUUUUUUGCAUAAUAUUAAGGAACGAAAAAGUAUAUUAAAAAAAAAAAAAAAAAUUAGCCAUAUGAAACGUCUUGAAAAUGUAAAUAAUAAUGGUAUUGAUCUUUCAACGAUUUCUUAUAUGGAAGAAAAUAAUUUCUAUGAUAAUAACAAUAAAAAAACAUUAAGAAUACCUCCUGAAUUUAGUACCACUAAGAAAGCCCCUAAAGUUACACACGGGAGUAUUGAUUCUGUUAAAAAAAAAAACUAUGAAAAUUUAAGUGAUGAUAAAAAACAUUUGGUUAAUACGAGUGGGAAAAUAAGUGAUAUUGGUAAUACAUUAGGGAACAAUAAUAUCGGGGGAAGCAAUAUUGCGAUUAAAAAGUUGGAAAAUAAGAAAUCGCCAAUAAUAUUUUGGAAAGGCAACGAAAGGGAAAUCAUAAAGAAAAAUUACAGUUCUAAUAAUAAUACAAAUAGGAUAAUAAAUUAUAAUGAUCAAACAUUAAAAAUAUUUUGUAAUUUAAAUAAAGAAAAUAAUAAAAACGGUGUAAAAACAAAUAAAACCAAUAACUUUAUAUCAAAUUCUAAUGACAAUAAAAAUAUCAAGAGAAAACCCAUGGAAAAUGAAGUUGCACACACAGAUGUAAAUAUUAGCAACACAGGGAAUAGCUGUAUGCGCACUGAUCCCCAAAGGACAAUAUGCAUAAUUGGUGAUGAAACAAAAAAUAAUGCAUAUGAAAUGAAUAAAACAAUUACCAAAAAUAUGUUAUCCAUAAAUGAUAAUAAAAAUUUUAUGGGGAAUAUGAAUGAAUACCCAAUUACGUCUAAAAAUAUAUAUGAUAGUAUAUAUAUACCUCAAAUAAAUAUUAAAAAUAUAAAUAACUCUUAUCCUAGAAAUAAUAAUAAUUUGGGAACAUAUUCAUAUGGUGUAAACAAUAAUACUAAAAGUGGAGUUGGGAAUAAUUCUAAUGACACGGUUAACAUUGGUAAUAAUAAUACUAUAAAUAUAAAUGGGUUAAAAAAAUGUGAUAGUUCCAAUUUAAUUAAUACACUAAACGAAUACUCAAAUGUAAAGGUGGCAGUGCGUAUUAGGCCUAUUCCUGAUGACGAAGAAAAAAUAGUUUCAAUUUUUAAUAAUAAUUAUGUACUUAUUGAAAAAACAAAUGAAAAAGAAUCAUAUUUAUUAUCGCAAAAAAAGAAACAAUCAACAUAUGUCUUUGAUACAGUUUUUGAUGUGAAUGCUAGUCAAGAAGAAGUAUUUUAUCAUACAUCUAAACCUUUGAUUCCUCAUGUUUUCAAAGGGAUAAAUUGCACAGUUUUUGCAUAUGGAGCAACCGGCUCAGGAAAAACUUAUACUAUGUUAGAUGAUAAAAAUCAGAAUGGAAUUGUUCAAUUAUCUCUUUUAGAAUUAUUUACAAUUAUAAAAGAUAAAAAAUGUAAAAAUGUAAAAGUACUCAUGAGUUUUUUAGAAGUCUAUAAUGAAACUAUACGUGAUUUGUUAGGAAAGGAAAAAAAUAAAACAUUAGAAGUACAAGAAGAUGUAGCAGAAGUUAAAGUUAGUAAUUUAUGUGAAAUAGAAAUACAAUCAUAUGAACAAGCAAUGUUAUUAAUUAAUGAAGGAGUUCGAAACAGAAAGAUGUCACCUACUAGAGCUAAUAAAGUAUCUAGUAGAUCUCACGCAAUUUUACAAAUAUAUGUAUUAAAUGAAAUGCUUGACAGUAAUAUGAAUGUAAUAAAUUAUAAAGCAAAACUAUGUUUUGUUGAUUUAGCUGGUUCUGAAAGAGCUAGUGCUACAUCUAAUAAAGGGGAGCGAUUUAAAGAAGGUUCAUAUAUUAAUCAAUCAUUAUUAGCAUUAGCUAAUUGCAUCAACUCAUUAGCAUCUAAUAGAAAUUUAGCAAAAGUAAGAGUCAAAUACAGAGACAGUAAACUAACACAUUUGUUAAAAAAUUCAUUAGAAGGAAAUUGUUUAGUUGUUAUGAUAGCUAAUAUUAAUCCUUCUAGGAAAUGUUUCCAAGAAUCUAAUAAUACCCUAAAAUAUGCAUUUAGAGCACGAAAUAUAAAACUAUGUGCAACUGUACAAACUAAUGAUAAUAAAGAGACUGAUAUUGAAAAAAUUUUAAAAAAAAAUUAUGUCUUGCAAAAAGAAUAUGAUUCAUUAUUAAUAAAGCAUAAAUCUCUUAGAGAGUUUUAUUUUCGAUUAAAAAAUCUAUUCUGUUUAUAUAAAAUUAUACAUUCAUGUUAUCAAAAAAAAGAAAACACAAUAGAAAAUGUAUCUAUUUUAGGAUUAAAACAAGAUAUAUCUAUUUAUGAGCAAUUAAUAAAAAUUAAGUUAGAUGAAGCAAAAAAUAAAAUUGAUUCUAUGAAUGAUGAUGAUGACAAAAAUUUUAUAAAUAUAUUUGAUUCGAAUAUCCAUCGAAAUCUUAAUUAUUUUAUUCAUAAUACAAAUUUUAGUAUUUUAAAUGAGGGAAAUGAGAAAUUGAUGGAUUUGCUUAACCGAGUUUUCUCGCAACAAAGUAUAGAAAAUGAAAUUAUGUCAAGUAACGGGGAAACUGAUGCAGGUAUGCUCAAUAAUACCACCGUAAAUACAGUUUGCUCAAGUAAUAAUAUAGUAGACAAUAUAGGGCCAAGCAAUAGUACAGUUGAUAAUACCCAUUAUACUGAUGGGACUUCCUACAAUGUUGAAUCACAUAAUAUGAAAAAUGAUUUCCUUACCAGUUCAAAUGGUCAAGAUAAUAAAAAUGGGAACAUGGAAGGAAACCAAAUUUCAAUAUGUGAUGCAAACAAUUCAGAAAAUUAUCUAAAAAGUAAUUUUGAAAACAGUGAAUUUAACAUAAAUAAAGAGGAGGAAUAUUGUGAGAACAACUUAAGCAAUGAAAACAUGUCUGUAAAAUGCAAAAACAAUUUGAACUACAAUGCUAUUAAGUGUAAUGAAAUAAAUACAAAUGUACAAGAAGAUAAAAAUAAUUCCCAAAAAGUGAUAUUUAACGAUAAUUUUGGUGAAAAAAAUAAAAACGAAAUAAAUAAUAAAAAAAUUGUACCAAAAAAAACUUAUCCUAAGAGAAAUGUAGUCAAGCAUGUAGAAAAUUCAAUGAGUAAUAACAUGGAUGGUAAUAAAAAAAAUGUUAAGGGAAUUACUAAGGAGAUACCUAAGGGACUUGCUAAGGGGAAUAGUGUGGGAAAUUCUAGAGGAAAUGUUAAAAAAAUAUAUGGAAAAAUUGUUACAAAAACAAACGAAAAAAGAGAUGAUGAAAUAUUUGGUAAAAGUAUUGAUAAAGCAUAUGAUAUAAAUAAUAAGGACAAACCCUACCUAAAAUUUCCAAGCACAAUUGCAGAAGAAGGCCAGCUACAAACGUUUCAUAAUAAUCUGACGGAUAUGCAAAAUUCUAUUUUUUUUAAUACAAUAAAUAAACAAAUAGAUGGAUCUUCGCAUUUACCAAUACUGCAAAAUAAUAUGGCUCAACUAUUGUUGCAAAAUAACAUACUUGCAAAUAAUUUUAUUUUAGACGGAAAACCAAAUAUCAAAGAUAUUUCAGCUGAUAUUAUAAAGAGUAAUAUUAAUAUAAGUAAUAAUAAUAUUCUAAAUAAUCAAAAUAUAAAUAAUAAGGAAAUAACAAUAAAAGAUACAAGCAAUAUUAAUAUGGAGGCAAAAGAUAAUUCAACAGAAUCAAAUUUAGACAAUGUGCCUGAUGAAUUUCAGGAUGUACGUCCGUUGGCUACUAUAGAUGUAAACAUGUUUAAAAUGAUGGAAACGAAUGAAACAACAGUUAGCGACAAUGACAACGAUGAUAAUAAUAAUAACGAUAUGGUUAAUUCAUCUAAUCAUAUUUUAAAUUUCUAUAAAAACUAUACGGAACAAAUGAUGAAAAAUAAUAUUGACUAUAAAGAAAACAAAAGAGGGUUUGCUUUGGUUGACGAAAACAAUAAAUAUGAAAAUACAGAUGAAAAUUUAAUACUCAAAAAGCAGAAAGUUAAGAAUAAAUAG